CCGUAAUGGUCGCAGCCGAAUCUUCAAGUGGCGCGCGUUUCCCAUCAGCCAUCAGUAUAGAACAGAGUCUGAUUCCUCAGAGCAAACAAUGGAGGAAAUAGAAGAAGCUCAGCAAAAGCAAUUGAUAUGGGAAGCCUCGCAGUCUUCUUCUUCAUCACUGAUAUCGGAAUCCAAUUCACUGGUAUCAGCCACAGUGGGCAGGGUGAUGAACACACUGCUCACCGCGAAGCCUAAGAAGCUCCAACUCGCCAUUUCUUCUCUUCAACCCUCUCCUAAGAUCGCUCCACUCGGCGUUUCUUUGGAGCAGUCGCUUUGGUUUCUUCACAAGUACGUUGAGGAUGCCCGGGAGAAGGAGGAGAGUUUGGACCAAGUUCUUGUUCCCAUGAUUGAACAUUCAUUGAAAAUCAGGGCCGCAAAACAAAGUAACCAGGCAAUUAUACUUCUGAAUUGGCUUUUCCAAGAUGAAAUUCUUUUCCAAGCUCUUGCAAAAAAUUUAGCAGGAAUUAUAUCCAGGAGAGAUGAUCAUUACAUUGCCUUGGGCUGGUGUAUCCUUGCUCGGAGUCUUCUAGAAUUUGACAGUAUUAUGGGAAAGCUCACAACAAAUGGAAUAAGGGAGAAGUAUGAUGCACUGAAGAAAACAUUUUGCUCAUGUAUUUCACAUCUCUUAGCUAUUGUAUGCAAUGGGAGCACUUUGCAGGGUGGAUUUGAGUUGCCAACUCGCCUUGCUGUUGCUGCUGCUGAUGUCAUCCUCUCUGUUUUAGUAUCAUUGACAAGAAAGGAUUUGUCUUCUGACUUCUCGGAUCACAAGCCAAAGUCUUUUUCUCCCAGUAAAAGCAAUAGCUCAAUAAUGCUUUUAUCUUCGGCUGUGAAUGAGAAGAAACCGAACAACACCAGCAAGAGUUCGCAGUCGGCAGACAUGGAAAUGAUGUUUUUACUUUGGGAUCAUUUGGAUGAACUCAUAAUUCUUGUGGAGAAACUUAUAGCUUGGAACAGAAAAGGCAGGCCUUUGCAUGCAAAAGGAUUGGAGCAGGUUUGCAGAUGGUUGCAGGAGACUAAGAAAAAUUAUGAUUGCUUCCCAAAUGAUGCAGAUUCAAAAAUGCGGAAGACAGGAUCCUUGCUGCUAUAUUCUUGUUGGAAACAUUAUGGUUUGCUGUUGCAUUUAGAAGAUUACAAAAUAUCUGGACAAUAUAGAGAACUGUUGCAACAGUACUUGUCUGGGAUUCAGUAUUUUGCAGAGAGCCGUUCUGAAGUGCCCUCUGAAAACAAAGAAAGUGGAAUUGAGACCCUGAAGUUUUUCAUCAAUUGCCUUUCCCUUCUACUGGGGCGUUUAGUUGGAACACAAUUUGAAAAUGCAAUCUCAGAAUAUGGUUCUCAGAUAUCUCAAGCUCUUAUAUCACAGCUUCAAAGUGCUGACGAUGAAGUAAUUGAGGGAGCUACCUGCAUCCUUCGUGUUGUCAUCUUUAAGACAAACAAAAGGUUGACUAAAAGUGCUGAAACUAAAGAGAUGGAUACUAGUCUACCAAUGCUGUUACACCUUUUGGAUGAGCGAGAUGGUGCGGCAAAAGUUGUUAUUAAGCUUGUUGCAGAAUAUUGCUCCAUAUGCUUAGACAUUAGAUGCUUCAAAGAAGUUCUAAAACGACUUGUUACUGGAACUCUUUCACAGAGAAGGAAUGCUCUUGACUUUAUUUCAGACAUUAUCCAUAUAUCAUUGGAAUCAGAUGAUGCACUUCCUCAAUCAAUGUGGAAAGAUAUAGCAAACCACUUGUUGGAUUUUCUGCAAGAAGAGGAUGUUAUCUGCAAACAAGCAUCCAGUUUGAUUCCCUUCAUUGAUCCUUCAUUAGUUUUGCCUUCAUUGGUCCAUCUUAUCUAUUCGCCAAAUGAAAGAGUACAAUCAUCUGCUGGAACUGCAUUCAUAUCGCUACUGAAAAAUUACAAACAGAAUCCUGAGGUUGUGUGCAUCCUAAUAGACUGUCUCAGCAACCUAUCACAGGACAUGAAUCUUAAAAUGACUGGAGCUGUUACGAAAGAAGGAUCGCAGUUAGAUAUCGAUAGGGUGCUAAUGCUGCUUCCACAGUGGUCAAAAACUGUUGAACAUUGGGAUUUGCUGAUUGGUCCUUUGAUCAAUAAGCUGUUUGUGGAACCAUCAAAUGCAGUUAUUGUCAGGUUUCUGAGCUUCAUAAGUGAACACUUGGCAGAAGCUGCAGAACUGGUCUUCCAGCAACUACUCUCAUACACGAGAAGGCAGGAGGACAGCUUCAAUGAGGGUUUUUGUACAAGCAAUGCUACUGCAAAAAGGCAGCUUUCAAUUUUCAGUCGUCUUUGCCCAUUGCUUGUGAUUAGGCUGCUUCCCCUGAGAGUUUUUGACAAUCUUGAUUCUUCUCAUGUGUAUGGUGAACUACCAAGCAAAUUGGCUACAAGGGAUACUGAAGGUUUCAGAAUGGAUAUCAAUGAGUGCAUUACAGCACUGCUAAUCCACAGGGCAUUGAAUGAGUUUGAAUUUGAAGAUGUCCGGAAACUUGCAGCUGAGCUUUGUGGGAGAAUUCACCCCAAGGUUCUUGUUCCAAUUAUUUCCUUCCAAUUGGAAAAUGCCACAGAUAUGAAGCAUUUACUAAAGAUUAAAGCUUGUCUAUUUGCAAUGUGCACAUCUUUAAGGGUCCGGGGCAUGGAAUCAUAUAAGCACCUGGAAGUGUUUAGAAUAAGGAAGACUCUGGAAAUCAUUUUGUUAUGGCCUUCAAUGGAUGAAGAUGAGGUUUCAAAGGCUCAACAUGGGUGCAUUGAUUGUCUGGCAUUGAUGCUGUGUACUGAACUACAAGCUCCCAAAGCAUUUGGGAAAUCAAUUUCUGGGGAUGCUGGCGUGAGCUCAAUUUGCAAUUAUGUAACCCAGCAGCUGACUUGUGAUGAGCCAGAUACACUUCCUCUUAAGUUGGGUACAGAGGAGAAAGAAACUGCCCAUCGCUCAUUUCGAUUGUGCAUGGCAAAUGUGCUUAUUAGUGCUUGUCAGAAGAUCCCAGACUCUGACAAGAAAGCCUUGGUUUCUAAAAUUCUUCCCCGUGUUAUUCGUUCAGUCAAGGUGAUUACAGAUUCAGACAUUAGGUCUGCAUGCAUCCAGGUUCUAUUCUCAAUGGUCUACCAUCUGAAGUCUGCAGUUCUUCCUUACUCCUCUGACAUUCUCGAAGCCUCCAUCAGGUCACUGAGAGAAGAGUCUGACAAGGAAAGGAUGGGCGGGGCGAAGUUACUUGCAUCCCUAAUGGGUAGCGAGGAGGCAGUGAUAGAAAGUAUUUCGGUGGGACUGCUGGAAGCUAGAGCCUUGCUUCACAGCCUCUCUCAAUCCGAUCCUUCAUUGGAUGUACGGAGUAUGAGCCAGAAGUUGCUUGCAUGUAUGACUUCUCCAUGAAUUUUCUCUUCUGGUUUUUUGUCAUGCUGGGUAAGAAAUAGUGUGAACCUCUCAGUUGUAAUUGAAUGUCUGUGUAAGUAAAAUUUUCCUUAUCACAUUCAAGAAAAUUUUAAUUCAAUUAUCAGUUUAUCACAUUCUAACCAAAAGCAUGAUUUUUUUUGGGGGGGGAUGUAAUGGAUGAUGUGAGUGAAAUUUCCCUCAAUUUGGGAACUCAUAUGCCAACCCUAACGGUUAAUAUUA